AUGUCGACUGAAGAACAUAAUGGAGGUGGUCAAAAGUCUCUAGAUGAUAGAAAAGGUGAGGAAUCACACACAAGUGAAACAAGUGAAAGGGAGAUAACUGCCACAGAGAGUGGUAACGAAGGUAAGUCUGUAGAAAAAGAGGGCGGACAAGUUCAAGAGAAACCGAAACAUCCACAUGUGACUUAUUACAACGAAGAGCAGUAUAAGCAAUUCAUUGCACAGGCGAGGGUUACAGGCGGGAAGUACAGUUUACAAGACUUUCAGAUAUUAAGGACAUUGGGGACGGGCUCUUUUGGUAGGGUACAUCUGAUCAGAUCAAGACAUAAUGGUAGAUACUACGCCAUGAAGGUUUUGAAAAAAGAAAUUGUAGUAAGAUUGAAACAGGUGGAACAUACCAACGAUGAGCGAUUGAUGCUUUCUAUCGUGACACAUCCGUUUAUUAUUAGAAUGUGGGGGACUUUUCAAGAUACUCAGCAAAUUUUCAUGAUUAUGGAUUAUAUUGAAGGUGGAGAAUUGUUUUCUCUUUUAAGGAAAUCCCAAAGAUUUCCUAAUCCAGUUGCUAAAUUUUAUGCAGCAGAAGUUUGUUUAGCUUUGGAGUACUUGCAUAGCAAGGACAUUAUUUACAGGGAUUUGAAACCGGAAAAUAUCUUGCUUGAUAAAAACGGGCAUAUAAAGAUAACAGAUUUUGGAUUUGCCAAGUACGUUCCGGAUGUCACAUAUACAUUAUGUGGUACUCCCGACUACAUAGCACCCGAGGUCGUUAGUACCAAACCAUAUAAUAAAUCUAUUGAUUGGUGGAGUUUCGGCAUCCUGAUUUACGAAAUGCUAGCCGGAUACACACCAUUUUACGACUCAAACACAAUGAAAACGUAUGAAAAAAUCUUGAAUGCCGAAUUGAGGUUUCCACCAUUUUUCAACGAAGAUGUCAAAGAUCUGUUGAGUAGACUGAUCACAAGAGACUUAAGUCAAAGACUGGGUAAUUUGCAGAAUGGUACAGAAGAUGUUAAAAACCAUCCCUGGUUCAAAGAAGUCGUCUGGGAAAAGCUAUUAUCUAGAAACAUAGAAACACCGUAUGAACCGCCUAUUCAACAGGGACAAGGUGACACCUCACAGUUCGAUAAGUACCCAGAGGAAGAUAUCAACUAUGGCGUUCAAGGUGAAGACCCAUAUGCUGAUCUAUUCAGAGAUUUCUAA